AUGCAUGCUCUAGUAUGGAAUAUUAGAUCAGUAAAUACAGAAAGAGCCUUUGAAAGGCUCAUCACAAUGCAUAGAAAAUACCACUUUGAGUUCAUUGGGCUCAUGGAACCAAAACAGCAGUCAAGAAAAUUGGAGAGAUACAGAAGACAAAUUGACUUUGAACAAGCUAUUGUUAACACCUCUAAUAAGAUUUGGGCUUUCAUAGAUGGGAAAUAUGAUGUAACAGUUGUAAUUGAUGCAGUGCAGCAGCUUACUCUGAGGCUAUAUGAUAUAGAAGAAGAGAAAGAAUUCAUGGGGGGUGAUUUUAAUGUUAUAUGGGAUGAGGAAGAGAAAUUUGGAGGCCUCCCAGCUUCAUUAAAUGAGGUAGAUGACUUUAGGCAUUGCAUGAACACUUGUAAUUUGACUGAUAUGGGAUUUAAAGGAUGCAUAUAUACUUGGUGGAAUGGAAGAGCUAAAGAAGACUGUAUUUUCAAGAGAUUGGAUAGAGUGUUUACAAAUAUGGAGAUGCAGCAGAUAUGGCCUGGGCUAGAUAUCACUCAUCUACCUAAAAUUGGUUCUGACCAUUAUCCAUUGCUGAUCACCUAUAGCACCAAUGCAGUACAGAUCAAGAAGAGCUUCAGAUUCUUAUCAUUUUGGACAAAACAUGAUACUUUUAAAGCAGUGGUUAAGGAAAACUGGCAGGCAGACUUUCAGGCAAAUCUAUUUGCCAUGUUCAAUUACAAACUCAAGAAGCUGAAAAAGGCAUUGUCAGGGUUCAUGAGGCUCAAUUUGAACUGA